CCCAAUUUCCCCGCCAAAAGAAAAAAGUAAAUAAACGCAGUAAAAUUUAAAAGGCGAAUUUGACUGAUCAACCGCCGCCGCAUGGACGCCGCCGUCGACUCAGCACUGGAAGAGAUAUGCUGCGGCGCGGCGGAGGGGCUCCAUCUCAGCGACCUGUGGGCAAAAAUCGCCCCCACUCUCGCUGCCCGGGGCCUCCCAAUCUGCCCGAACGUGAAGCGGGCAGUGCUGGAGAAUCUGGCGGAGAUACCGGAGCUGAAGCUUGUGGCGCGCGACGGCGCUCCGUCCGUGCUCGCGGAGGCCUUAAUUCGAUACACGGCUGAAGAGUGUGAGGCGAUGGAUGUCAAAAUCGUGGCGCCUGAAGCUAUGAGGAGAAGCUUUCUCGGACUUUACGAUGCCGGAAUACCGGAAUCAUCAUCGGCUGAUAUUCAACGCCUGAUUCUCGAACGCCUCGCCCUAGCUCGGAACAAUGGAAUUGCUCAGAAUGAUCUCACUAAGGAAUUAAAUAUUGCUGCUAACAGCUUAUCCUACCAAUUUAAGACACUUGAAACCAGAGGAUUGAUGGCAAAGCAGCCGUCUGUUAUUAGGAAGAAUGGCAACAUUGUGUCCACGAAUAUGCUAUAUCUUGCCCGUUAUGCUAGGCAUUUCGGUUCUCAGCAGAGGCUUGAAAUCACUAGGACAGAUCGGAUGUUUAUGGAUGGGGAGGGUGCAGAUGGUCACACUGGAACUAAUGAUGGAGUGGUUGACGGAAUUGUGGCCGAUGAUGUGUCUGUCAAAGAUUUUAUACCGGCAUUGAAAACCAUCUGCGAUAAACUUGAGAAAGCUGAGGGCAAGGUCCUGGUAGUCUCGGAUAUAAAAAAAGGCCUUGGUUAUCGGGGUACUCAUGGUCACAGAAGCUGGAGAAAUAUAUGUCACAGGUUGAAAGAUGCUCGAGUUGUAGAAGAGUGUUGCACACUAAUCAAUAAUAAGGAGGUGGAUUGUUUACGUCUACUUCGAAGUUUCUCAACGUCGCUUUUUGAGCCAAAGUCCCAUGGACACGGACCAAAUAAUAUGGACACAGAACAACAAUCACAAAAUUUGGCGAAAAGAGGACUAGUUACUGAACAACUUGUAGAGCUUCCCAUCUUGCGUCAGAUCUAUGACAUGAUUGAUGCUGCAGGAUUAAAAGGAUUGACCACUACAGAAGUAUGUGGAAGGCUUGGACUAUGCUGUAAGGAGUACCACAAGCGACAUUUUAAACCAUUGAUUUCUAUGUUUGGCGUACAUUCCUUAAAGGAAAGCCACAAAAAAGGCGAGGUCUACCGACUUUGGACAGCUGGUAACUUCAAACCAGAAGUGUCGAACAUGACCCCCAAUGAAGGAGAAACAGUUCGUCAGCGGAUUAAUGAAUCUAAAUCACUUGUUGUGGAUCAGUACAUUCUAAAGGACUCAUCUCAGCCUGUGCAGAUGCUAGAUACUUCUAUCUCUGUGGGGAAUAAUAGUGGAAAUAAUGAAAGUGGGAAUGAUGCAGCUCGCAAAACAGAAGCUUCCAACUGUACGACUGUAGAUGAAUGUUCCACUGGUGUGCUUGUUCUAUGCAAUACACAGAGUUCUGAGGUGGAUCAAUGCACUGGGGUCCUUGCCGAGGAACCAUUGCAGGGAAGUAUAUCGGUACCUAGUGACUACAAUAUGCCAGAAACAGACCAUCUUGCUCUUGUAAAGUCUCCAAGGCAUCGAUCACAUCCAAGGUCUUCCAGUCCUGCAUUUCGUGCAUCCGGCUCAGGGAGGGAGCAGCAUAUACUCAAGAUUUUGGAGGAGGAAAAGUUCCUAUUAAAACCUGAGCUCCACAGGCAUCUUGAGAGUCUUGAGACAGAAAAGAACACAAUGAUGGAUAGGAAGACCUUACAACGUAUUCUUAACAAAAUUCAGCGAGAAGGUAAUUGUAAAUGCAUCCAUGUGAGUGUCCCUGGUGUGACAAAUUGUGGUCGUAGCAGGACAACAGAAGUUGUUCUCCAUCCAUCAGUGUUUAAUGUCACAUCUGAGUUAUUGACUCAAAUUCAUGAUAAGAUGAGGCGUUUCGAAGCCCAAGUGCGUAAGCAAGCAAAUAUACGGCAGAAGAAAUUCCAAUCAGUUCCCAUAUUGGACAAUGUGCAGAGAAUCCCCUGUAGCAUGCAGGGUCAAUCAGAGAAUGCAGGACUGAUGCGUGCUAAUGGAUUUGUUCUGGCAAAAAUGGUUAGGACAAGGCUUCUUCACACCUUUCUUUGGGGUUCGGUCUGUAGCUCCCCUGGUUGGAAUCAAGCUUUAUUCUUUAGUGACCAUUCUCAUGAUUUAGAAAAUCCACACAGAUCUUGUAAGUUAUUCGAUUUAAAUCUAUCAAUUAGGUCAAUGCCACUUGAACUGUUCUUCCAAGUAGUUGGAUCUGCUGAAAAGCUAGAGGAUGUGCUCGAGGAGUGCAAAAGCGGCUUGCUACUUUGUGAUCUUCCUAUUGGAAAACAAAAUUGCCUGAUGGAUACUCGAGCAUCUAAUCGCUUGUCGUAUCUAAUUGAAAUAUUACGGCGUUUGAAGUUGAUUCGUCUAAUGAGUAAGGGCCAUGCAGAAGAUGGAUCCAGCAGACUACACACUACUCUUACUUAUGCAUUGGAGUUUAAGCCUUACCUUGAAGAACCAACAUCAACUGUUGCAUCAUCUGAUCUCGCUUUUGCUGAUCUGCGCCCUCAAAUCAGACAUGAUUUUGUCCUUUCGAGCAAAAAAGCCAUUGAUGAGUAUUGGGGUACCCUGGAGUAUUGUUAUGCUGCAGCUAAAUCAAAGGCUGCAUUACUCGCGUUUCCAGGAUCUGCAGUUAGCCAGAUAUUUCAUCCGAAAUCGUGGGCAUCUUCCCGGAUCAUGACAGCUGCCCAGCGAGCAGAACUUCUGAAGCGCGUUGCUCAAGAUGGCACAAAGAAGAAGCUUUCAUUCAAGGACUGUGAGAAGAUUGCUGAAGAUCUCAAUUUGACACUGGAGCAGGUGCUCCGUGUGUAUGAGGGCAAGAGGCAGCGGUCUGCUACUAGAUCUACGAGUGCUGUGGAUUCUGAAGGUGGAGAGCUUCAGAAAGUCAAAGGAAAACAUAUAAUAUCUCCACGGAAGAGGAGACGUAUAUCGGAUAGAAUUUCAUUAAAGCUUGCAAAUGUUCAUUCAGGACUGAAGGCAUCUAAUUCGUUAAUAGAUCUAAAUAACCAGCCUACCACAGAACAAUGUUCUUCGACAAUUGCUGCUGAAGAUGAUGAUUGCCUGUCUCACAGAAAUUCUGAAGGUGAUGAUAGAGAGCAUUUGGGGGUGGAAGGGUUGGAUGAAGAAGAUACGGAGAACUAUUCUUUCAAGCAAGCACUAUCAAGGUUGAACCCAACACGCCAUAAAAAGUUUUUUUGGUCAGAAGAGGCUGAGAGGCAAUUAGUGAUUGAAUAUGCUACACACCGAGCUGCUCGGGGAGCAAAUUUUCAUCGUACAGAUUGGGUGUCAAUUAUAAAUCUUCCAGCACCUCCUGAUGCGUGCAAAAGAAGAAUGGCAUUGCUAAAUAGUUUUAUCCCUUUCAGAGAGGCUGUUAUGAAACUAUGCACUGCUCUUUCAGAACAAUAUGCAAAAUACCUUGAGAAGUUCCAGGACAAGUUGUUGAUACAUUCAGAUUCUAAAGAGAUGAUUCGGGGUCCUCCAUCCGAAGAAGCUGCCAUGCUUGAGAAAUGGGCUAAUUUUGAUGAGGAUAUUAUUAAGGUUGCAUUGGAUGAUGUCUUAAGAUGCAAAAGAUUGGUUAAGCUGAAUGCUGCUCGAGAAACAUUCCCAGAACAGGAAAUGAGCGAGGAUGAUGACAUUGAGGAUUGUAGCCAGAGUAAUGCUUCUGGCCAAUUAUCAAGCACCCAACGUCUCAGAAAACAUUUGCAUAUAAUUAAAGGUGCAAAAAUUUUGAGGCAGAUGCAUGAAUCCGUUGCAGUUGCAAAUGCUGUGGAGCUAUUUAAGCUGAUCUUUCUAAGCAAAUCGAAAGCUCCAGAAGCAGCGGCUUUGCUGGCCAAAACACUACGCCGCUAUUCUGAGCAUGACCUCUGUGCUGCUUUUAAUUACUUGAGAGAGAAAAAAAUAAUGGUUGGUGGUGGCAAUGGUCAAUUUGAAUUAUCACAGAACUUCUUGCAUAGUAUCACGUCAUCCGAAUUUCCCACUGAUACUGGAAGCAGAGCUGCCAAGCUUGCUAUCUGGCUUCAUGAGAGAGAAAAUGAUUUAGUUGAAGAGGGUAUUGAAGUUCCAUCUGAUCUCCAGUGUGGUGAAGUUUUCUCUUUAUGCGCUCUACUAUCUUCAGGUGAACUGUCAAUUACUCCAAUGCUACCCAAUGAAGGGGUUGGAGAGGCAGAAGAUAUUAGAGCUUCUAAACGUAAAAGUGAUAGUGCUGAGCCUGAUGGAGAAUCACCAAAAAAAUUAAGAAAAAUGUUUCCUGGUGAUAGUGAGUUAGCUUCUCGGAGAGAAAAAGGUUUUCCAAGACUAAAGUUAUGCUUUCACCGAGAAACAAUUCCAAGAUUAACGGCUAUCGACUCAUUCAGAAAGGUUAACAUGCAUCCAACCCCAUUCCUUGGUGGAAAAGAUCAAAGCAAUACUUCAUCUGGUUUGGAUGUUACCUCAAGUUUGUUUCCUUCUGACAUUACUGAUCCCGGGAAGAUAAAUCAUCCCACGUUCCAGCUCAGUGAGUCUCCAUGGGAAGCUAUGGCGGGCUAUGCGAAGCAUCUACUUUCUUCAUGUUCUUAUGAAGUAAAUGGUUCGUUGCUUCAAUCCGACUUAUUCAGGACACUCUAUUCAGCCAUUCAGAAGUCUGGUGACAAUGGUUUGAGCAUGAAAGAGAUCCACAAAGUUCUGAACAUUAAGGACAACAAAAUAUUGGAAGUUACAAUUGAGGUGCUUGAAGCAUUUGGGCGAGCGUUAAAGGUCAAUGCUUACAAUUCAGUUCACGUGGUUGAUUCUCUAUACCGAUCCAAAUAUUUCUUGACCAAUAUAGAUGAUCGUGUUGCUCAUCAUCUCAAAUCAGAAAGGAAAACCAAGGAUGGGCCUACGCCUCUUAAUCUUGACGAUCCCAUGGAAGAUUUGGCCGCUUCAGAGGGCACUAUCAACACAAAUGGCAAUGAAGGACAUAGGGUCACAAUUUUAAAUCAUCCUCAUGAUCUCACAAAUCGUCCUUCAGAAAUAUUAGCAGGGACUACGAUUACAGGCCAUCAACAUUCUGAAGUUGCUUCAACCAAAGUGACUAGAGCAGAAAAUCUUGAAUGCUUUCGUAUUCGUUCAAAUCUCAUAAGUAGACCCCUGUUGCCAUGGGUGAAUGGAGAUGGUACUGUAAAUGAGCGUAUAUACCACAGGCUUCUUCGCCGUGUUCUUGGUAUUGUCAUGCUAAAUCCAGGGAUAUUAGAGGAUGAAAUCAUAAAUCAGAUGCAAGGUCUAAAUCCUCAGAGCUGCAGACAGCUGUUACAGAUGAUGAUUCUGGAUAACCACAUAACUCCGCGAAAAAUGCAGCAGAUGACAUCGUCUCAGCCUCCCUCCAUUCUGGCCAAUCUUCUUGGCGGUAAAUGCAAAAAACCGAAGUUAAUAUGUCGAGUCCAUUUCUAUGCAAAUCCCUCGACCACAACCUUGCUCUAGAGCGAUCCCAGUGACUGAUUUGCAUAGCACGUGAUCGGGAUGGAGGCGUUGUAGCCGUGGAAGGUCGAAACAAUGAGAAUCUUGAAUCCUCAUGUGUAUAGUUAGAAAAAUCCUGAAAACAGUUUUCUUGUAUAGUUUGGAAUGAUAUUUCAGUUUACUAAUUUUAACAUAAUAUUUUCAAUCCAA